AUGCCACUUUUUUCUCUCCCCCUCGAGCUUAAGCUCCAUAUUCUCGGCGACAUCAACUCCGAGAUCGACCUUCAAUCCCUCAUAAACAGCUGUCCUGAAUUUCGUGAUAUUAAAGACACCAAAUACUGGCCUGAUGUCGAAAAAAAGGUCAUCGAGAACGAAACUCGUGAGAACACAACCGCCGAGUUAGUAACACUCUCGAAGCUAUUAGAGGUCAAGAAAAUCGCAGGGUACACCGGCUUCGCAAAUAUCCCAGAAAUCGACGAAAAAACUCUAAAAUCCGACCUCAAAAACAUCGACCUAAAGGUCCUCUGCGACCUCCGCCUCACAAUCCGCUGGUGCACUAAGAAAUUCUACAAAGCCUACAUGAAAGCAACAGCCCCAGAUAGCCCCCCUCUAACCUUCCCACCUCCACUUACCACCAUCAAAGAACUAGACGAUGCAGUCUGCUACCUCUGGUUGAUCCUGGAAGCGAACAGUGAUCCAAAGAGCACAUAUCCCUGCAUGUUGAGAGCCCCAAUUCUCGAUUGGCAAGUCUAUAGAGCUGCACAGGAGCUUUAUGACGGUGCUGUUACGCAUAGGUUUGGAUAUAUGCAUCUAGUUAUUGAUGAUAAGUUGGUGAAGUUGGGAAAGGCUUGUAAGAAAGAGUUGUUGAAGAAGUUCGGAAACAUAUUGGAUUUUGCAACGGAGAAAGAUAAGAGAUCCUUUUUCUACUGGCUUGACACUUUCACGAAAUGGGGUUUCCCAAAAACCAUCCUCUUGGGUGCAAAAAUCGAGCGUCUCAAAACUCUCUUGUCAGUUCCCAUGAGAGAGCGUAUCAAGUUAGUAGAGGAUAUCUAUCGCUUUGCUGUUAUUCUCGAUGACCGUCAUGGUCUUCUUUCUCGCAGCACCCGACAGAGGAGGCAAGAAUGGUUGAUCAGUUGGUUCGCUGACCAGACAAAGGAUUGCGAUAUACGCUGUUACGCGAGGAGCAUGGCCGGAUAG